AUGCUCUGGUCUUUGGGAAGAGUGACGACAGAGCUCAAAACUUUCACACACCGGCGACUGUUGAAUUCGCCCGUCUUCUUUCGGUGUUCUGAGGAGUGUUAAAUAUCUUUGUUAUCAUUCUCAAUAGUGUUAGUUUUGUUUGACGAGAACGCCUCUCCUGAUUUUAAAGCUUUUUCUGUUUGAAGUGCGGAGAUUUGGGAUAGCCACAAGUUAAAUGGACGCAUGCGGAUCACGUUCAUGUAUGUGAUUGUGGGACAAACAACCUUUCAGCGCAAGGAAGAAAGACGAAGAAUUCACUUUCUGCUCGUUUUUGACGCCUUUGUUGUGUUUGGGUUUUGUGCGUGCGAAUUCCAGUGAACGGAAAAACUUCCACCCAACUUUUCCUGCUGUUGGUCGUCGUGUGAUCCAGCAGGUGGGGAAACACGAGCCGCUGUUUCAUCAGGGAAGAGAACACAGGAACCGGAUUUAAAAUAAACCCGUUUCCACUGGAUUUAAUUUUACGAUUUGGUGGCUGGAAUAACCAACUAUCCAGAGCUAGUGCUGAGUAGGUUGACCAGUUGUCAUCAUGUCGUCUUCCUCGGUGAAGGUGGCGGUGCGUGUGCGGCCUUUCAACAGCCGAGAGAUAAACCGAGGAGCCAAGUGUGUGAUCCAGAUGCAGGACAAGAGCACGUGUAUUAUUAAUCCCAAACAACCCAAGGAAGCACCCAAGAACUUUACUUUUGACUAUUCAUACUGGUCACACAGCUCAGAAGAAGACCCAUCCUUUGCAUCUCAGAGGAAGGUGUAUCAGGACAUUGGCGAGGAGAUGCUGCUUCAUGCUUUUGAGGGAUAUAAUGUGUGUAUUUUUGCUUAUGGGCAGACUGGAGGAGGGAAGUCAUACACAAUGAUGGGAAAACAGGAUCCUGGGCAGCAAGGCAUAAUUCCACAGAUGUGUGAGGAUUUGUUCAGACAGACUGCAGAUAACACCGACCCUGACCUGUCCUUCUCUGUAGAGGUUUCAUAUAUGGAGAUUUACUGUGAGCGAGUUCGAGACUUGUUGAACCCAAAAAGCAGAGGGGCCUUGAGGGUCAGAGAGCACCCUAUAAUGGGCCCUUAUGUAGAAGACCUCUCCAAAAUGGCAGUUACCAACUACAGUGAUAUUGCAGAUCUCAUGGACACUGGCAACAAAGCCAGGACGGUUGCUGCUACUAAUAUGAACGAGACCAGCAGUCGCUCACAUGCUGUCUUCACCAUCCUCUUCACACAGCGUCGACAUGAUAACAUGACCAGCCUGGACACUGAGAAGGUGAGCAAGAUCAGCCUGGUUGAUCUGGCAGGAAGUGAGCGAGCAGACUCAUCUGGAGCCAAAGGCAUGAGGUUGAAGGAGGGAGCCAAUAUUAACAAGUCUCUGACAACACUGGGUAAAGUCAUCUCAGCACUGGCAGACAUGCAUGGCUCAAAGAAGAGACGCUCUGAUUUCAUUCCCUACAGGGAUUCUGUGCUCACAUGGCUAUUGAGAGAAAAUCUAGGUGGAAACUCUCGCACGGCCAUGAUUGCUGCUCUGAGCCCAGCAGAUAUUAAUUAUGAAGAAACACUCAGUACUCUCAGGUAUGCAGACCGAGCUAAGCAGAUAAAGUGUAAUGCUGUCAUUAAUGAGGAUCCAAACGCACGUCUCGUCAGGGAGCUGAAAGAAGAGGUCAACAGACUCAAAGAGCUCCUCCUCUCUCAGGGACUCAGCAACCUCAUCACUGCCUCAGGGUCUGAAACAGGACGCCUGGCAUUGGGAGGAGCAUCAGGUGAACUCCAGCAGCCCUCUCUCUCAUAUGUACAGUCUACCUCUGAGGCACCAAUGGAGGGUGAGACGCCCACUAGUCCCACUGCACACAUCAGCAAAGAGGAGGCCGCGGAGAGACUCGAGGAAACAGAGAAGAUAAUUGCAGAGUUGAAUGAAACAUGGGAGGAGAAGCUCAGGAAAACCGAGUCAAUACGACAAGAGAGGGAGGCGCUGCUGGCUGAGAUGGGUGUGUCUGUAAAAGAAGAUGGAGGAACAGUGGGUGUCUUCUCUCCCAAAGGAACGCCCCACCUGGUGAAUCUGAACGAGGAUCCUCUGAUGUCAGAGUGUCUGAUAUAUUAUAUUAAAGAUGGAGUCACCAGGGUUGGUCAGGAAGAUGUGGAUAUUCGUCUUAGUGGUCAGUUUAUAAAGGAGCUGCAUUGCGUCUUUUGUAGUGAAGUCAAUGAAAAUAAUGAAGUGGUGGUGACAUUGGAGCCAUUAGUUGGUGCAGAAACGUACGUCAAUGGAAAACGAAUCACUGAUGGCGUUGUGCUCAAACAAGGUAACCGUAUAGUGAUGGGGAAGAACCAUGUGUUCAGGUUUAACCACCCUGAGCAGGCCCGCUUAGAGAGAGAGCGCAGUGCCACACAGGAGCAGCAGGGGGAGCCGGUGGACUGGAGCUACGCACAGGAAGAACUGCUGGAGAAACAAGGCAUUGACAUAAAGCAGGAGAUGGAGAAGAGACUGCAGGAUCUGGAGAAUCAGUACCGCAAAGAGAAGGAGGAGGCCGACCAGAUACUGGAACAGCAGAGACUGUAUGCAGACUCAGACAGCGGUGAUGACUCAGAUAAGCGGUCCUGUGAGGAGAGCUGGAGACUCAUCUCUUCUCUCAGAGAGAAAUUGCCAGCCAACAAGAUGCAGUCUAUCGUGAAAAAGUGUGGUUUGCCCAGCAGUGGGAAGAGGAGGGAGCCACUGCGUGUGUAUCAGAUCCCCCAGCGCCGCCGCAUACCUGGUACCCAGGAGUCCAAACACAGACUCAGCUUGGAAGAGCUUCGCACACAGGCUGUUAAAGAGAUCUGCUAUGAGGUGGCGCUUGGAGACUUUAGACACACGCGGCAAGAGAUUGAGGCCUUGGCUAUUGUCAGGAUGAAGGAGCUUUGUCGCACAUACGGCCAAAAAGACCCUCAGGAGAGAGAAAGCUGGAAAAGUGUGGCGAAGGAUGUAUGUGAGACUGUGGGCAUCGGAGAAGAGGAAGGAGACCGGGAGGAAAGAACAACAGCACCUGGAGGAGGAGGGAGUGAGGGAGGAAAGACAGAUAUGGGAGACCUCAAAGCUCAUAUUGACAAGCUGACUGAUAUACUGCAGGAAGUCAAGUUGCAGAAUAAUAUGAAGGAUGAGGAGAUCCGAUCACUAAGGGAUCGCAUGGUGAAGAUGGAGAAGAUAUUCCCAGUCGAAGUUCAGGGAGACAGUGAUAACAUUGGGUUGGAUGGAGCCAGUGGCGACGACCCACCAGUGCAAGUCAACAGACGCGAUGAGGAUUCUGGGUACCGGCGGGGUCGCCAUCGCUGGCAGUACCCGGACAAAUACCAUGACCCUAAACGUCGCAAAGGACCCAGCAAUCAGCCAAACAAUGCCCUCUACUCGGUGGCUCCCUCAGGACACUCUCAGAACAACCCAUUCAGUGCAGCAUCGUCUCGAUUCUCAAAUCCAUCUUUCAAUUCUCAAACCCCUCGCAACCCCAAUGGUCCUUUCUUGCCAGGCACUGGGCGCUUCUUGCCGCCUCAAGAGAGGAAGCUACAGUUCCCCUUCAAGAAUAAUCCCCAACACCGAGGCUUCUUCUGGGGCCCGUCUACAGGGGGAGAAGGUGGAAAGGACACAUCUGCUCACUCCAAUACUGAUAUGGUUCAUACUUUCCAAUCAUCUCCCUCACCAAACAAGGACCAGUGGCCAAACAAUCAUCACCAACAGCGGCGGAAUCACGGUAACAGAGGCUACGGCAACUGGGGAAACAGGCAACGAUCCAGAAACAGGGGACGGAAUCCAUUCGAUGGAUAUUUAAACAACGAACAGGCCGGAAAUGUUGAGCAUAAAGAUGGCGGAUCGGUCCAAGGGCAGCACAAGCAGGGUAGAGCACGUUAUACCUGGUACAAUCCCAAUUUUACUUCAGACCAGUCUGUUGGAGACGGAUUCCAACACAAUUACAACCAAAGCAGACAAGGUGUCUACAAACACCCCAACUCGCACUACCAUCACCUGCAAAAACAGGACAACCCUCCAGAGAUGAUCCAACAUGGGUCUGAAGGCAAUCCACCAUCCAUCCCAGAUUGCAAUAGCACCCCCAUGGAGACCUGAUUUCUUCUGUGGAGAGCAUGGUCAUUUACAUGGGAGCAAUAACGCUUAGAUUUUCUUGUGCGCAGUUCUUGGAUGGGACUCCUAGAAACCUUGGACCCUCAGAUAUAUACAAUGUUUUGGUUUGUUGUGGAAGGGUUUUGAGUGCUGGGAGCGUCCAGCAACUGGGAACGUUUUUUAAGAGAAACUCUUUAGUGCAAUAACACCAUUCUGUUCGAAAUAAGACAGAACAUUUUAUGCACCUGAAUUUUUAUGUACAUAUUGCAGUUUCAUACCUGCACCUACAGUGCUUUAUGGGUGAUGUUUUUAUGUGUGCACAUAUCUGUUAUUCAGAUGUAUAUAUAUCUAUAAGUAGGUUAUAAAUUGAAAAAGUAUGUAUUUGCAAGAGAAUUGAGCUCCUUUUAACGCACAGUGCACUGAAACGUCGACGUUAUGGCCUGAGAAGUGUAUGGCCUAUGAAACUAUUUAGCGAUUUUUGUUGGAUUUCUGAUGAUUUUACAUUGUGCCUGCUGAAAAGCCAAAGAAUUUCGAUUUAGUAGCCCUCAGGCUUAUAACUGCUUUGGAUGCUAUUUGUAUCGUUGAAUUUUUUUUUUUUUUUUAUCUUGCCACUCACUUCUUUUAUUCCUGCAUCCUGAGGGGCAUGUGUUUCAUAAACCGUGUUGUUUAGGCUUAAAAAAAGAAAUGGGAUACAUUUAAAGUUCACGCAAAAAUGAAAAUUACCCCAUGAUUUACUCAAGCCAUCCUAGGUGUAUAUGACUUUUUUCUUUCAGACGAAUACAUUCAUUGUUAUAUAAAAAAAUUGUCCUGGCUCUUCCAAGCUAGAGGUCUGCUUUCCCACGGCUCUCUGCGGGAACUGACCAGGUUUCUUGCGGCGCAGGAUUAAAUUUCUGAGUAAAACGUGGUAGUGGUCGUAACUCUGGUGUAAUUUGAAGGGGAGCGGGCAGUCUAACAAUAUCAUACUGUUAACAGCAAAACGUUAAACGAAUUUUGUAUUUUGACAAGACAAAUAAAAAUAAGUAUGCUAGGCUACAAUUUUUGUACAACCUACAUUUUAUUUUUAUUUUCCUCUGCGACACUUUUUCCUAUUGUGUUGACAGCAAAAUGUUAAACAAAUUGUAUCUUGAUAAGACGAAUAAAAAUAAGAAAUAAAAUUUUUGCGCAACCUACAUUUUAUUUUCUCUGCAACACUUUUUCCUACUGUGUUGACAGCAAAAUGUUAAAUGAAAUUUGUCUCAAGUCGAAAUAAAUAACAAAUACAAUUUUAUGCAGAUUACACUUUUAUUUGUUAGCCUAUCUCUGUCUUUAAGUAGCGGAAAUUUAAAUGUGAGAUUGAGAUCUAAACAGCGAGAAUGGUCAGGUUGAGAAGAAAAUUAUUCUAAGAGGACAGCAGGUAAACAAAGACUGGAUAUAUAGUGGGAGCGGGAGGGUGUGGAAUAUAACCUCGUGGGAGCAGGCAAGAGCAGGACUAAAAUAAACUGUCCCGCACAGACCUCUAUUCCAAGCUUUAUGAUGCUAGUGAGUAGUCGUCAAGUUUUUGAAGCUAAAUAAAGUGCAUAUCCAUCAUAAUGGUGCUCCAGACGGCUCUGGGGGGUUAAUAAAGGCCUUCUAACGUGAAUCGAUGUAUUUGUGUAAGAAAAAUGUCCUUAUUUAAAACUGUAUGAACUGUAAUCUCUAGCUUCUGCUAACUGUCAUAUGCACGUUCACGAGAGUGGUGUUCCAGCGGAUGACACAAUGUAAACUCCGGUGAGAAUAUGCUAGUCUCGUGAGAACCAAGUUUUGUUUACAGCAAAGGAAAACCAGUCUCUUCUUGGCUUAUAUCGAAAUCCUCCAAUGUUUUCAUUACAUCUGUCAUCUGCACGUACGACAGUUAGGGAAACUAGAGAUUGUGGUAUAUAAAAUUUUAAAUAUGGAUAUUCGCGUCAGGAGGCCUUUAUUGUGGAGUACUUUUUAUGAUUAAUAGAUGUAGUUUUGGGCUUCAAAAUCUUAAACUUCAUUCACUGCCAUUAUAAAGCUUGGAAGAGCCAGGACAUUGUUGAAUAUUUCUCCGACUGUAUUCAUCUGAAAGAAGAAAGUCAUAUACACCUAGGAUGGCUUGAAGGUGAGUAAAUCAUGGGGUAAUUUUCAUUUUUGGGUGAACUAUCCCUUUAAGUGCGAACAAUCUGGGUGCCAAUCUACAAAAAUCUUUGACUUUUUUUGCGUUACCUUGUCCUAAUCGGGCACAACACAAAGAGACAAUGAUUCUGUCUCUUCUAUGUUAAGGUGCAGUCACACUGACAAUGUUUUGCAAUAGCAAAGCAACAUAAAUGAAACGGGCUGUUGGCAAUGCAAACAACGUAAGUGAAGUUCAAAUCCCACUCCGUAUAGCUGUAUACUAAAAACUGAAUGAACUGAUUUGCUGUUGCUUCGUUUGUCAUUUCACUUCAUUUGUUUGAUUAUUGAUGGCCAGAAUAAGCUGCAAAGUGGAGCAGAAUUUAUGGCAAACGCCAAAAGUCUGGCUCUGUGACCCAAUCCUGCUCCACUAUAGACCCUAGUCACGCCCAUGUUUAAUGUUUUGCAGGAAUGAAAAUGAGGCUGUGAAGGAAGUACAGGAUUGUACUGUUUAACAGCAUUCCAUUUGUUCAGUUGUGACAAAAUGACCUGAUCUAGGACUUUUAUACAAUGCGUGUGAAGACUGUAAGUCUGUCCCUCACAGCUUCUUUGUCAUCCAUGUUACAUUUAUUAUGGUGUCUGCCCUGACUAAGGUCUAUUAUUAGACAGUUUGUGAUUGCAGAAUAAAUCAUGGUUGACAGCUGUUGAAUUUUUGUGCCACAUUUCUAGACAAUUAUGACGUCUUGCUGGAUUCUUGUUGUGUUGCGCCCGGUUAGGAUGUGCUGUUAUUCCAAUUUUGACCAUCUGUAAGUUUUCAACUGAUCUACAAUCGGAAAAAUAAAUAAUUUUACCUUAA